AUGUCUAUAUAUAGACAAAACGCACAUUUGAUUUUAAUUAUCCUAUCUAGAUAUAAUUUAAAACCAUCGAAUGAAAAUGUUGUUGAUUCCAAUAAUGUUAAAAAUAAAUCGAAUUUAAUACCAACAUUUGAUGAGUUUGUUGCUAAAAGAGAUUAUGUUGGAAUAUUGACAUUGAUUGAGUGUAAUGCUGGACCGGAUAAGAAUAAUAUUAUACAAAAUGAAUUAUGGCGAGCGUUUGCUCAUUUCCGUCUUGGUGAAUAUAGAAAAGCAAUCGAAACAUAUGAAAAGAUUAAACGUAAUAAAGAAUCGAAUAAUUCACAACAAAUUUCCAAUGUUGAACUAUUAUCAUGUUGUUGUAAAUUUUAUUUGGGUGAAUCUAUUGAUCAGAAAUUCAUCGAAUCAUACGAUGGGCCGUAUAAACCAUUGGCUGAAAGGCUAAAAAUUUAUCUCGAUUUAAAAAAUGACGAAUCCACCAUAGAAUCUAUGGAUCGUAUACAGAAGGUUUUAUCGAAAACCGUGGAAGAUCAACUAUGUCUUGCAUCAGUGCAUUUUUAUCGAAAUCAAUAUCAAGAAGCCAUUGAUAUUUAUAAAAAAAUUCUUCUUGAAGAUAAAAAUUAUCUUGCUCUGAAUGUCUAUAUUGCUCUUUGUUAUUAUCUACUUGAUUAUUACGAUGUUAGUCAGGAAGUAUUGGCAUUAUAUUGGCAAAAACAUCCCAAAAGUAUCAUAGCUAGCAAUUUAAAAGCUUGUAAUAACUAUCGAUUGUAUAACGGAACAACAGCCGAAAUGGAGCUACGAAAUUUGAUUGAAUCAUUUCCGACAAAUUUUUCCUAUGCAAAAGAUUUUAUUCGACAUAAUUUGGUUGUAUUUCUCAAUGGUGAAGGUGCUUUCCAAGUGUUACCAUCUUUGAUGAGAACAAUUCCUGAGGCAAAAUUGAACCUUACAAUCUUUUAUCUAAAAAAUGAUAAAAAUGAUGAAGCAGAUAAUCUGAUCAAAAAUGUUGAACCUAAAAUACCAAUCGAAUACAUUUUAAAAGCAAUAAUCAAUUCAAAUAUUGGACAAAGUCAAAAUUCACAUGAACAUCUUAAAAUUGCACAGAAUUAUUUUCAAUUAGUUGGAAGUAGUCCGGCCGAAUGUGAUACAAUUCAAGGUCGUCAAUGUAUGGCAUCGUAUUUCUUUUUGAUACGACAAUUCGAAGAAGUCGUACUUUAUCUAAGUUCAAUCAAAAGUUAUUUUUACAAUGAUGAUGCAUUUAAUUUCAAUUAUGGCCAAGCUAAAAUGAUGAUGCAUUCUUUUAAGGAAGCGGAAGAGGCAUUAUUAAUGAUUGAAAAUGAAAAUCUUAAAAAAGAUCUUGUCUAUAUUUGUUGUUUGACUCGUUGUUAUAUCAUGAAUGCAAAACCAACAAAAGCAUGGGAUAUGUAUCUAAAAUAUCAACAAUCAAAAGAAUCAACAAUUCUUUUGCAUUUAAUUGCAAAUGAUUGUUAUAAGAUGGGACAUUUUCUUGUAGCUCUUCGUGCAUUUGAUAUUUUGGAAAAAUUGGACAAAAGUCCCGAAUAUUGGGAAGGUAAACGUGGUGCAGCAGCUGGUGUAUUGCAAAAAAUUCUUAAUAAACAUGAUCCAAUUGAACAUCUUUAUGAAGCCAUAAAAUUGUUACGUAAUUCAACUAAUCCACAGGCAAAUCAAAUGAUUACAAUAAUGAAAAAUUAUUCACAAGAAAUGUAAUGUUUGUAAUGUUUGUAAUGAUUUAU